AUGUCCGCUCACAGAGCCCCCUCCCGUCUGAAACCAGCCCAUCAGGAUGAGAUGCACGAUCUGCUCUGUGUAGGUUUCGGGCCCGCCUCGCUCGCCAUCGCAACGGCGCUCCACGAUGCUCUGGAUCCCUGCCUCAACAAGUCCGGCGUGCCCGCCGGCUGGCAGCCCAAGGUCGCCUUUAUCGAGCGCCAGAAGCAGUUCGCCUGGCACUCGGGCAUGCUGGUGCCCGGCUCCAAGAUGCAGAUCUCCUUCAUCAAGGACCUCGCCACGCUCCGCGACCCCCGCAGUAGCUUCACCUUCCUGAACUACCUGCACCAGAAAGACCGCCUCAUCCACUUCACCAACCUGAGCACCUUUCUGCCCGCCCGCGUCGAGUUCGAGGACUACAUGCGCUGGUGCGCCGCCCACUUUGCCGACCUCGUCGCCUACGGCGAGGAGGUCGUCGACGUGCGCCCUGGCAAGUCGGACCCGGCCGGCGCGGUCGUCGACUACUUCACGGUGACGUCGCGGAAUGUCGAGACCGGCGAGCUCACCACCCGCCACGCCCGGAAAGUGGUGCUGGCGCUCGGCGGCCGCGCAAAGCUCCCGGACGGCCUGCCCCGCGACCCCCGCAUCCUGCACUCCUCGCAGUACUGCACGGCCCUGCCCGCCCUGCUGCCGCACGACCGCGCGCCCUACAACAUCGCCGUGCUGGGGUCCGGCCAGUCCGCCGCCGAGAUCUUCCACGACCUGCAGAAGCGGUAUCCCAACGCCCGCACGACUCUCAUCAUGCGCGACACGGCCAUGCGGCCCAGCGACGACUCCCCAUUUGUAAAUGAAGUCUUCAACCCCGAGCGGGUCGACAAAUUCUACCAGCUCACCCCGGCCGAGCGCCAGCGCUCCCUGGCCGCCAACAAAGCCACCAACUACAGCGUCGUGCGGCUCGAGCUGAUCGAGGACAUCUACAACACCAUGUACCUGCAGCGCGUGCGCACGCCCGACGAGACGCAGUGGCAGCACCGCAUCCUGUCCGGCCGCAAGAUCACGCGCGUCGAGCACCACGCCCGCGACCGCCGCAUGCGCCUGCACAUCAAGCCCGCCAAGGACGCCGCCGGCGACGCCAAGGAGGUCCUCGAGGUCGACGCCCUGAUGGUCGCGACGGGCUACGUGCGCAACGCCCACGAGUCGCUGCUCCAGCACGUCCAGCACCUGCGGCCCGCCGGCCAGGAGGUCUGGACGCCACACCGCGACUACCGCGUGCAGAUGGACGCCGCCAAGGUCAGUGGACAGGCGGGCAUCUGGUUGCAGGGGUGUAAUGAGCAGACGCACGGGCUGAGUGAUAGUCUUUUGUCGGUGCUGGCGGCGCGCGGCGGGGAGAUGGUCGCUUCGUUGUUUGGGGAGGAGUUGGCGGGCGCGGCGGUGCCGGACACCCGGGUGCGCGCGAUGCUGUAG